GAAGGACAAGCAAAACUGCAAAACAACGGAGGAAAAUGUGGACGUCAAGGCCCUCCGGGCCAGAUUUCACGCUCAGUUAGAAAUGGCAGCUUCCGGAGGUGGAUCCUCCAUCAAACCUCAUACGGUUGGUGCGCCGCCGGAGUCUCUAACCAAUGGAGCGCUCAGAAACAAGAUUUCAGCAGUGCCUCCGAGACCAGUCUUUCCUCUCAACGCUCAAAGUGAACCAGAGAUGUUUCCUUCGGGUCCUCAUGGAGUGUUCCCCAGACCUCCUCCUUCUCAUCGUUUGGGAGCCCAGGGGAGUCCUAAGAUGCCCCCUCCGGAGGUCAAUGUGCCGAGCAAAGUCAAGCAGACAGGAGAACUUCUUCAGCGCAAGAUGCUUCAGCAGCACGCCGACAUGAAAGUGUCUUCAGCUUUUAAACCACCGCUGCCGAGCCAGAGGAGCGUGUCGGAGGUAGUCCCGCUAAGAAAGCCGCUUCCCAUCGCCGGGCCGCGACCCUCCAAACCAAAACGUCCUCCAUCUGUAAACCUAGACCAUUUCCGGAAAAAAGCCCCUCUGGUUCUUCCCAAAAAAACCAUAGAGCUACAGAGUUCGAAAGGACCAGCACGGCCACCAUUCAAACCCAGCCAGAAGGCAUCAUCCUUCUCAGAAUUAAACUCCGACCCCCAAGAGGACUAUGAUGACAUCAGCCCACUCCCACCCCCUCCUCCCACCCCUCCCAGGCCCAGAGGUAAAGCGUAUCUCUCUUCUCAUGUUGCAGACCCGUGGACGGACAGUUUCUCUUCUCAGCAGGAGGACAGCGACCAAGAAAUCUAUGAAGACCCAGAUAUGCCUCUUCCAGUUGAGAGGAAAGUAUUGAAAGAGACUAAAAAGACAGAGCUGGACAAGAAAGAACUGAAGGAAAAGCAGAAGUGGGAAAAUGAGUAUAGAAAAAAAUUUAAGCUGAAUGGACCUAUUGAGGUGAUCCACAUGGCUCGUGUGAGAGAGGACUGGCAGGGUGGAAAGAAUGACCUGACGGUGCGACAGGGAGAGAACGUGGAGAUCAUCCGUGUGAGCAACAACCCGGAGGGGAAAUGGCUGGCACGAAACCUGAGGGGCGGCAUGGGCUACAUCAGUAACUCCUGUGUGGAUGUGGAUUAUGAAGAAGUGAAGCGGAAGAUCCGUGGUCAGUCCAUGCCCUCCUGUAACCCUUCUGCAGGACGCCCCGUAAACCCAGAGUUAUAUGAUGACAUCGGCUCCAGCGACCAGCUGGACAGCAGUUUUCACAGUGAUGAUGUAUACGAUGAUGUGGACCAUGAUGAGUUUCCUCCUCCUCCCCCAGAGAUCAGCCCCGAUCCAGUAAAGUCCAAGCAGCGAGAGAGAGAUGAGAAAGACUUUCGAAAAAGGUUUAAGUUUGAAGGGCCCAUCCGAGUUCUGUACACCAUGAUGGUGGACCCUAAUGCCAAUCUGAAGAAGGCUGGGAGCAAGUACCUGGAUGUGGUCCGUGGAGAGAUUCUGGAUGUUAUACAGGAGACCAGCAAGAAGCAUGUUCUGUGCUGUAAUAAACUGGGCAAAUAUGGAUAUGUACCUGUUAAUUACCUUUUGCAUGAGGAGAAUGAGGUUUAUGACGACAUUGAUACUGCUUCAGAUAUAUAUGACAAUGACGACAGCUGACCUGCUUGGAGAUGAUGGUUAUCAUCCAUGUAAAACUGUUUUCACCUGAGAAAGUAAAAAAAAAAAAGACUGAACACCGACCUUUUCUUAUAACGAAUGAAAGAAAUGAAAGAAAACCAAAAAACGGAAUGCUCAAAGCUUUGUAUAUUGUAGAAAUAAUUAUUGUACGGUACAUUAUAAUUAUGCAAAUUAUUGUGAAUUUGACAUUUGUAACUAUCAUAGGGAUUUUUUUUAUAUGUGUUUACUUUCAGAUUUGUCUCUUUUGUGAUAUAUAUGACGAUCUUUUUUCAAAUAAAAAGAAAAAAAAAGUUU